AUGGUAGUAGACUAUGCUGCCAUUGUCGCUGCGUGGUCCCCAGAAGAGAGAGCCGGACGAGAGAGGAAGUUGGUACGGAAGAUCGAUUGGAGGCUCUUACCUAUCCUGAUUGUCAUGUACAUCUUGAACUAUGUCGACCGGAAUGCUGUUCUACUCAGCAACAUGAUUCUCACCAAAGUCCGCCCCAGCUGGUAUCUUUCUGGAUGCAUGACUACGUGGGGCAUAGUCAUCGGUCUGUCUGGCGCAGUCCACAGCUUUGCUGGGCUAGCGGUCAAUCGGUUCUUUCUAGGCAUCACCGAGGCGCCCUUCUUUGUCGGUUGCGCUUUCUUGUUUAGUGGCUGGUACACUCGAAAGGAACUCGGUCUACGUCUUGGCAUAUUCUUUUGCGCUGCCAUGGUCUCGGGUGCUUUUGGCGGACUCUUUGCUGCAGGCAUAGCGGCUGCGUUCUCGAACAACUCCCUCGAGUCUUGGAGAUGGCUCUUCAUCAUCGAAGGCAUCGCAACAAUCGUAUUCGCCACGGCCACCGCGUUUACUAUACCCGACUGGCCCGCGACUACGAAAUGGCUGACGCCUGAAGAGAAAGCUAUCGGCGUCUUGCGUAUCAUCGAAUACGCUGGAAAAGAGGAAGAAGUUAUUAGCACUGGCGCCGCUUUCAACCUUGCGGCUAGGGAUUACCACAUUUGGCUAUGCGUAAUCGGCCAGAUGUGUUUGCAUGCUGUUGCUUCUUUGACCAACUUCCUGCCCACGCUUGUCCAGAGCUUCGGAUAUGGCACCAUUGAGACACUUCUGCUGACUUCGCCGCCGUACAUCUUCACUGCCCUGUUUUGCCUCCUCAACACUUGGUACUCGGAUCGUACGUCAAAACGGUCGAUACACAUUAUGUAUCCGGCUGCAGCCGCUCUAGGUGGAACCAUCAUCACGAUUGCAACUACAAAUACUGGGGCACGGUAUUUUGCCUUGUUCCUCAUGUUGCCUGGGACAUAUGGCUGCUUCCAGAUCUCCAACGCCUGGAUGGCGAAUAUUGCUGCUCGGCCGCAAAAGAAGCGAGCUAUUGCCUUGGCUGCGAAUAAUUCAAUCGGAAACCUCGCACUGGUUUGGACUCCGUAUCUAUACCCAAAGAGCGCCGGCCCCCGUUACACGGUAGCUUGGUCGGUGAAUCUUGCCCUCCUCGUCAUUGCAAUCCCAAGUACUGCGGUUCAUUGAGCGUUGUGAUCAUCA